AGUCGAUCGUGCUCCCUCGCCGGCGCAUAGUCCUCGCGCCGAUCCAUAUCAAAUUCAAAUAUCGAACUUUCAGCGUGCGCUCCAAACAAACUUGACCUGUGACUUUUUACUUUUUUUUCUGUUUCUUAAACUUUUUAAAACGGUGUUGUGUUGUGGAAUGAAACCUUUCUGCCAAGUUUCUUUUUUUUUUUACUAAUUUGUUGCUUUUCUCGAAUUUAAAAUGAAAAUGUGUGCGGCCGAGUUUUAGUGACAAGUUGCGGUUAAGUUCGCAUACGUACCUCUUUGGAUGUAGUACUGAAUAUUCGCAUUUUCGUUUUGUGUUAUACAUUUUAUGUGAUUGUGGUAUAAUAAACGGUACGAGCCACCUUCGGUUAUGAACAUAAGUUUUACGUCGCAUGGACGCCGCGGCUAGUGUUGUGCAGUGCACGAUGCGGUACUACGCGACCGCUACCCCAAACCAACGGAUUCUCAAGUUAGUGACGUGCGCGUGACACCAUAGAUUAUAAACAUACAGCCAGAGUCGAUCGAUUCAUCGAUUGUGUUCUAUAGACAAUCACGAAUGAACAGCCUCAUGCUGACGACUAACGGAGUUGUGGAUGACCCUACUUGUGUUGAUAACAACAUGUCUUUCUCGUCGUACAACAUGAUGGACUCAGGAGGGGCAGGCAUCGCCGAAUCACCCCCAACCUACCACCGCAGCUACGAGCAAUACGUCCAAGGAGGCGUGGAGAACAGCGCAGACUCAGUCCAAGACCAGACAAGCCCAGACUUGGUCGUCUGGUCAACCUUACCCUACGGCUUAGACUACAGAGCCCAGUAUGAUUACAGAAGCCCAUAUGAAACGUCCAGAGAUUAUUCGAAUCAGCAGUACGCUAGAGCGCCUUUUACCACGAAGAUGGGGCAGGCUAAAGCGCUCAAGGAAGCCAGGAUACGUAGACCCAUGAACGCCUUCAUGGUCUGGGCGAAAGUGGAGCGGAAGAAAUUGGCUGAUGAGAAUCCUGAUCUUCACAAUGCUGAUCUGAGUAAAAUGCUAGGUAAAAAGUGGCGUUCGCUGACACCGCAAGACAGACGACCUUUCGUUGAGGAGGCGGAGCGACUCCGGGUGAUCCACAUGACGGAGCAUCCGAACUACAAAUACCGGCCUAGGAGACGGAAGCAGAAUAAGACGAGACCUAACCAGCCUCCCACGCCUGCAAGCGCCCCACCUACAUCAUCAGCAGCCUUAGGCUCCCCCUACGCCACUGCGACUGACUCACCCGACGCAAGAUUCUCCCACAACCCAGGAGCUGGCUUCUCGCCUUACCGCACGUCACCCCUCGCCCCCGAUUCUUACCAAUCAAACCCCCAGUUCAACGGACACGUUCAAACGCCCGAAUCUUCCCCCGCUAGGUCCCCUGAACCACAAGGCAGGAGGAGUGCCCCCGCUGAAGCCCCGUUGCCGACACCAGACGCGUCUCCUGUAGAAAAUGAGAAAGAGAACUUUCAGUAUGAGGAGAGGCGAAGAGCCAUCAAUGCUUCUUCUCUAUCAGAAUCAUAUUCGCCUUACAAAACCUAUAGGACCCCAGGGUCUUUCUCACCAGCGCCUGUCGCUGCUAUGGGCAUGGCCAACGGCAUGUAUGUGAUGUGCACGCAGCGAACGCUAGCCGAACAGCCGCCACUAGUGACAGGAACUUUCUUUCCACCAGUAGCUACUUCGCAGGACCAGCAGGCUUUAGGCACGUCCACUCCGAAAGUGACAUCGGCGCUGAGCGGUUCCAUACCAUCGGAAUACAGCAUUCAGUAUCUCCCGUACGAUCAGUACGAGCAAAUGUACAAAACGGAGGAGUCAUACGUGUGUCAUUAUCCGGAACAGCCCAAGACGGAGUACGACACUGGCGGUUCCUACUUCUCUGAGGAGCCACCUUCUAAUCCACCGCAGGAGAACGAGCAGAACUACAUGAAUCCGCGUUCUGAAAUAAGGACUGGUUCACCUGAGUCUGACGUGGACGCUAGGGAAUUCGAUAAGUAUUUGGACUAUGGCACUGAAGGUUCUAUCGAGCAGCAUCAGCAAUAUAGAUAUGAACAGCAGCAACAACAACAACAGCAGCAGCAAGGUUAUAGGCCUCCCUACUGCCCUGAGCAGGCUCCAGGGCCUGAGUAUUGCUCGGAGAGGGUGUAUCCUUCCCCUUACGCGUCUGUGAUUUCCGGCACCCCAUCCGUGGGGCCGUACGCCCCUGCUCCGCCCGCUGACGUUAGACCCGAAGACGAAUUCAGCGUAAUCCUGGCUGGAGUCAGACAAACAUGUUACAGCAAUUGACUAUACAGGACUGAUAUGGGGUAGAAAUAAUAGGGACACUUCCUGAAUUAAGCCCAAAGAAUUCGAUCUUUUUUUUCGUUAAGCGUACCUGUUAAAGUGAGUCCUAAACCUGGUAUUGCGCACUGAUACAUUUAUAAUAAUGUUGACUUCUUUUUUCGAAAAAUAAAAAAUAAACUGGUUCCAUAAUCGUAAUGUCACGGUUUCGAACGAUAAUCAUGUUUCCUAUUAUAUUGCGU